GGAAUCCUGGUUGGCUCAUAGAUAGGCCCACUGCCGAAUCGCUAUCUCCUGUACUUCCCUCCACGACUGUUAUCAUCACGCGGAGUAACCAUGUUGAUAACUCAAUAGGUAAAUCUACUACCACCCACAUGGGGUAUCCUAUGUAGGAGCCUAUUGUUAUAUAGCUGGUGACAAAACUCCCCAUGCAGCUAGAGUGUGAGCUGGAUACCCUUCAACCUCAGUUCGGGCUAUACAGCAUACUCAACUACCUAUUUCAAGGGUGUGCACUCGAAUUAUAUUGCUAGCAUGGCUCCCGCCGCCGUAACAAUCGCGAAUGGGGCAACAUGGCAAGAUGUCGCGGCCGAUAGGCAGCGGUAUAGGGAUGCAACUAUCGCGGAGGUCCAUCCGCCGGUACCGGAAUUGAAAUCAGAAGACAUCCCUCUUAACACUACGGGUAUACCGAAGAAGCUAUUGACGGAAGAAGAGAUUAAGAUCACGGGUACGAAUGUUGAGGAGUUGGUUGAAAAGAUAACUUCGGGGGAAUGGACCUCGACAGCAGUUACCAAAGCCUUCUUGCGUCGGGCAGGCCUCGCUCAGAAACUUGCCAACUGUAUCACAGAGCUACUACCAAAGAAAGCUCUCGAAAGAGCAGCCGAGCUCGAUAAGUAUCUAGCCGACAGCAAAAAGCCGAUCGGCCCUUUGCACGGGGUUCCCAUUAGCGUCAAGGAGCACAUGGGUUUCAAGGGCGAAGAUGCGAACGCCGGUUUCGUCGGCUGGGUCGGGCAAGUUCCUGAAGAGGAUUCGCUGAUUUUGCAGUAUCUAUGGGAUGCUGGCGCCGUAUUUUAUGCGAGAACUACGCAACCGCAAACGUUGAUGCAUCUCGAGACGAGUAGUAACUUGUAUGGGGCCACCGUAAACCCUUGCAACACAACCCUCACUGCCGGGGGGUCUUCGGGCGGAGAGGGCGCACUUAUCGGGCUCCGUGGUUCGAUCCUUGGAAUCGGGAGUGACAUCGGCGGAUCUAUUAGAUCGCCAGCGGCAAAUAAUGGCGUGUUCGGGUACAAGCCUACAACUCUACGCCUGCCUGGCGAUGGAUGGACUGUCGCCAUGCAUGGAGCAGAGUCAAUCAUCGGGACUACGGGUCCUCUAUCGACGAGCCUUGAGGGUCUACGGCUCUUUUCAAAGGUGCUCAUAGACCAACAGCCCUGGCUGAAACAGCCGAGUCUAACUGCCAUGAACUGGAAGGACUCGGCGGAGUUCUUUCCGGACAAGAAGCUUAGAGUCGGGGUUAUGUACAACGACGAUGUCGUGAGACCGCACCCUCCCAUUUUGAGAGCUCUUACCGAACUGGUCGGGAAACUGAAACAUAGCCCCGAUAUCGAAAUUGUAGACUGGUCCCCAUGGAAACACGAUCUAGCGUGGUCUAUCAUAGCGAGCCUAUACUUCGCUGACGGCGGCGCGGAUGUUAGAGCCGCGAUUGAAUUGUCGGGAGAGCCGUGGCUACCCCUAUCGAAGUUCAUACUUGUUGACAAUCCCCGCGUAAAAGAGCACACUAUCACCUCGCUCUGGGAAGCUGUCUCGGCGCGUGAGGAAUACCGUACCAAGUACGCACAGCUGUGGAACGAAACGGCAAGUUCGAGCCCGGAUGCGCGCCCUAUCGACGUGAUCCUGUGUCCCGCGGGUCCCGGCGUCGCUCCUAAGCUCGAGACCAGCAGGUAUUGGGGUUACACCUCCCAGUGGAACUUGCUAGACUACCCAGCUGUGGUGUUUCCCGUCGCGGAUAAGGUUGAUACUCUGGAAAGGGAGAAGCCCUUUGAGUAUCCCGAGGACUAUGUUCCUCUUGGCGAAGAAGAUAAGUAUAUCUAUGACCUGUGGAAAAAACAUGGCACCGAGGGUUAUAAGGACGCUCCCAUUUCACUACAGCUUGUUGGAAGGAGGAACCAAGACGAGCAGCUGUUGAAAGCUACUCAGAUAUUGCUUGAGAAAGCAGGCUUGCCAGCUGUUGUGCCUUCGUGAAAGAUCUAUGGAUACUUUUGGGUUAAGGGGCGUGAUGCUUGAGGUAGGUAUAUUAAUUUGAACGUUCGAGGUUAUGAAGCAACAUGUCCGAGUUUUAUGUUCAUGAGCGAAAGACACUUUGAAGUUUUUAUAUUACAUCUUAAUUAAUCUACAACUUCUAUUGCCGCCUUUAAUAGUAAGCAUGAUAAGAAA